UACCAAGGAUGCCUUCGCGAGCAUGGAAGAAUCUUCAACCAAGAAAACUAUAGUCACUAGUAGAUUUUCAAUAUAAACAACAAAUUCAUUUUGAUUAGACCUGAAUUUAAUGCCCGACUACGCGGGGAAUCAGGAAAGCAUCAUUUUAAUUGCAUUUUAAAUACCUAAUUCCCGAGCAGUACUCAGGCACUUGCCUUGAAUGUUAUUGAAAAGGAGCAUCUUCUGUGUGACGUCACUGCAGCUGCAUCAGCUGCGAGCUCAAGGCAGAGCCGUUUCACAGGCAGGCUAGAACUGACCGCGACAAAACGCCACAUUCCUCUCGCCUCCCUUUUCUCCAAAAGAUGGCUUGUCAGGCGCUAGCGCCAAACGAGACCCUGGCCACGCUGAAGACGGAGUCGGAGCUUCUGAAGACGAGGCUGGAGGAGGAGAGGGCCAAAUUGCACGAUGUGGAACUGCAUCAGGUGGCAGAGAAGGUGGAGGCGCUGGGGCAGUUUGUCAUGAAGACAAGGCGAACGCUGAAAGGCCAUGGAAAUAAAGUUUUGUGCAUGGACUGGUGCAAAGACAAGAGAAGGAUCGUCAGCUCCUCUCAGGAUGGAAAAGUGAUUGUGUGGGAUGCAUUCACAACUAAUAAGGAGCAUGCGGUGACCAUGCCCUGCACAUGGGUGAUGGCGUGCGCCUAUGCCCCCUCUGGCUGUGCAGUGGCCUGUGGGGGUUUGGACAACAAGUGCUCAGUGUACCCCCUGUCCCUGGACAAGAAUGAGAACCUGGCGGCCAAGAAGAAGUCUGUUGCCAUGCACACCAACUACUUGUCUGCUUGCAGCUUCACCAACUCCGACAUGCAGAUCCUGACGUCCAGCGGAGAUGGGACGUGCGCCCUGUGGGACGUGGAGAGUGGGCAGCUGCUGCAGAGUUUCCACGGCCAUGCCGCCGACGUCCUCUGCCUUGACCUGGCCCCCUCAGAGACAGGCAACACCUUUGUCUCAGGGGGCUGUGACAAGAAGGCCAACGUUUGGGACAUGCGCUCCGGGCAGUGCAUCCAGUCAUUUGAAACUCACGAGUCAGACAUUAACAGUGUCAGGUACUAUCCCAGUGGAGAUGCUUUUGCAUCUGGCUCGGACGAUGCGACUUGCCGUCUCUUUGACCUGAGAGCAGACAGAGAAGUGGCAAUCUACUCCAAAGAGAGCAUCAUAUUUGGAGUUUCCAGUGUGGACUUCUCUCUCAGUGGCCGCCUUCUGUUCGGUGGGUACAACGACUACACCAUCAACGUGUGGGACGUGCUGAAGGGGACCAGGGUGUCCAUCCUUUUUGGCCACGAGAACCGCGUCAGCACCCUGCGCGUCUCACCGGACGGGACGGCCUUCUGCUCCGGAUCCUGGGACCACACUCUGAGGAUCUGGGCCUGAGCAGCUUUAUUGCGGACAGGGAUCUGGACCGGAUGGAUUCCAUAUCAGUCAUCCAGGAUGUGUAUCACUGUACAGGCAUAGCACAGAUCAUUGGAGCAUCACUGUACGUGCAGAAGAGUUCCACCUUAUAGAAGAGACAGGCUGUCAUUUAAUCAUACAUGCACACGCACCAAUCCCAGGACUGAACACACACUGGUCGACAUCGUAAAAGUACACUCCUUUCUGUGUGUUAAUUCUGUCGCUUCACAACAAUAGUGCUCUGUGUCUCUCACCUAUGUACAGGUAUUUAUGUCUGUGUACAGGAGCUUCUCUCUGUAUUCUCACUGAUUGGAGUAAGAUCACAUGUAAUAUGGCUGUAUAAAUCAUAUGUAUCUAUUUUUAAUUCGUGCUGUUAAUUUAUCAACGUAGGAUGGUUAUUACUUUUAUCGUGUUUUUAAAGGCCAGAAGCAAUCAUUGACUGACGAUUACUGCAUUUAUAGGGGUCUGAAGUAAAGAGCAGUUGUAGAAUACCAGUAGUUGCUGUACAAAAUUGUAAAUUAUUAUGUUUGGUUAGGGUUUUAUGGCAAGAGGGAAACAACAAUAACAUAAAGGAAGCUUUUCUCUCUUAUUGGAGAUUUCAGUUAUAAUGAAGACAAAAAGAAAGACAUGCAUGUUUCUAGUAUCGUUGUCAGGCACCAGGUCUGUCAUGAGAAGCAUUAAUAACAAAGGGACCGCCAACACACUGUAUGUGCAGUUAGUCAUAGGAGACCCAUUCUGGAUCUGCUGUGUGGAUAAACGUUUUGGCAGCGUGUAUGCAGUGUGUAGGCAUUCUGUCUAGUCAUUUGGCUGAAAUACCUGAUGAAAAAUCUUUCCAACAGGUAUUACUAUGGUUAUUAUUUAUUGAGAUACCGGUAGCAUGUACACUAGCAGAAGGAUUCCGUAAUACGACCUCGUCCUGAGGUGGAUGAAUGUAGGAGAUACACGUUCCUAAAAAUGAUCCAGUGCAUGAGUUUAGCACUCCCCUGUUUAAUUUCAACAACCAUUGUGCUAGGCCCAACUGAUUCUUUUCAGAAUUGGACUGUUGUAGAAUUCAGAUUGCUUGUUUGAAUGAUUAGAUUUGCCUAGAACAAUGGAGACUUUAUGCCUGUUACUCUAAAUUGGUUCAAUGUGCAAUACUCUGUCACCACACAAUAGAAACUAUUGCCUGUAGCUGUCCUUCAAAACGUUUGCAGUAUUGUUCAGUUAUUGCAAUUUGUCCUUGUUAGGGGUUUAGAUAUAAUCAGUUAUAAUAGUGGAACUACUGUAUUCUCACUUUACAUCACCUAUGUCAAAUAAAUGGUAUUUUAAAUUA